UGAGUCUGUGCACUGUUUUCCUCCGGAAGGUUUUGCAAGACACUUUGACGUGCAGAUUUCAAGCCCCUGUGGUAUUGCCCUUCGGAACCAACAGCCAGAUCGCAGCUACGAUAAAGCGUGUGUGACUGACAUCCACACCGCAGCCGUUGUUGGUCAGACCGCGUCCUGGGAGGUUCGGCAGGGGUCGGCGAGCGUCUGGUGGAAGCCGCCGGGAGACGGGCGUCUGGAUUCUCCCGGCCGGAGUGGUGUUUUAACCGUCAGGGCAUGGAUGUAUACCCUGGUUCGGCAAACUGGACCGACUGGGACUACUUUUACAACGACACAGAUCCCGAUGUGACUGCCGAGAUGGACCUGAGGAGAGGCCUGAUCCCGGCGGCCAUCUUCCUCUACGCCCUCAUCUUCCUGCUGGGCGUUCCCGGGAACGCGGCGGUGAUCUGGAUCGCCGGCUUCCGCAUGCCGAGGAAGCCCAACCCCACGUGGUUCCUCAAUUUGGCCGUCGCCGACCUCCUCUGCUGCCUCAGCCUGCCCUUCCUUGUCACCCAGCUGGCCUUGGAGCGCCGCUGGCUCUUUGGCUGGUCUCUCUGCAAGAUUCUGCCAGCUGCCACCAUCUUCAGCAUGUUCGCCAGCGUCUUCGUGCUGACCGGCAUCAGCGUGGACCGCUGCCUGAUGACCUUCUACCCCUUGUGGGCCCACUGCCGGAGGACGGUCAACCACGUGGGCCUGGCCUGCAGCCUCGCUUGGGCCCUGGCCCUCCUGAUGUCCCUGCCCAGCUCCCUCUACCGCGAGAUUUUCACCAUUAACGGCACCGACUACUGCACCAACAUCUACCACGGGGAGCCCGCCCUGACCGAGCGGGUCAUUCAGGUGACCCGGUUCUUUUUCGGCUUCCUCCUCCCAUUCCUCGUCAUCGGGGCCUGCAACGGCUUGAUCGUCCUGAAGGUCCGGGGCUCCCGGUUCGCUCGGCCCGGCAAGGUCCACAGGCUGGUCCUCCUCGUCCUCCUCGGCUUCUUCGUCUGCUGGCUCCCCUACCACGUGGUGGGCCUCCUGCUGGUGGCCAGAACCGCCGGCGCCCACGACGUCCACGCGGAGUGGAAGUGGGGCCUGCUGGCCGUCGACCCCCUCAUCACCUGCCUGGCCUACCUCAACAGCUGCGUCAACCCCUUCCUCUACGCCUUCAUGGGGCGCGGCUUCAAGCAGCAGGUCCGCCGGUCCCUGCGCCACGUCUUCGAGAACGCCUUCGAGGAGGAGGGCAGCGGCCUGCAGGCCAAGUCCACCGCCAAGUCGGUCGAGCUGACCGCCUGA